AUGCCUGAUCAUCUAGGAGAUGAUAUGCGAAAAGUAAAGGAUGACAAGGAAGAGCCAGAAAAAGAGAUCAAAUCUCUUGAUGAAGGAGACAUAGCAUUAUUAAAGUCUUAUGGCCAGGGACAGUAUAUGAAGAUUAUCAAAGAGGUGGAAGAGGGUAUUCAGACUGUGAUGAAGAGGGUCAAUGAGCUAACUGGAAUAAAGGAAUCCGACACUGGUUUAGCUCCACCUGCCCUGUGGGAUCUUGCUGCAGAUAAACAAACUCUACAGAAUGAACAACCCUUACAGGUUGCAAGAUGUACAAAAAUCAUUAAUGCAGAUUCAAAUGAUCCCAAGUACAUAAUAAAUGUGAAGCAGUUUGCUAAGUUUGUUGUGGAUCUGGCUGACUCGGUGGCUCCUACUGAUAUUGAGGAAGGAAUGAGAGUCGGAGUCGAUCGUAACAAAUAUCAGAUCCACAUACCUCUACCACCCAAAAUAGACCCAACUGUGACGAUGAUGCAAGUGGAAGAAAAGCCAGAUGUUACAUACAGUGAUGUCGGAGGCUGUAAGGAGCAGAUUGAGAAGUUAAGAGAGGUUGUCGAAACACCACUCUUACAUCCAGAGAAAUUCGUGAAGCUUGGUAUUGAGCCACCAAAAGGAGUGCUCUUGUUUGGACCUCCUGGAACUGGGAAGACAUUGUGUGCGAGGGCCGUGGCUAACAGGACAGAUGCUUGCUUUAUAAGAGUCAUCGGUUCUGAGCUAGUUCAGAAGUAUGUUGGUGAAGGAGCUCGUAUGGUGAGGGAGUUGUUUGAGAUGGCACGGAGUAAGAAGGCUUGUCUGAUAUUCUUUGAUGAAAUUGAUGCAAUUGGAGGUGCCAGGUUUGAUGACGGAGCGGGUGGUGAUAAUGAAGUGCAAAGAACUAUGUUGGAGCUGAUCAACCAAUUGGAUGGGUUCGACCCAAGAGGAAAUAUUAAGGUAUUAAUGGCGACCAAUCGUCCGGACACUUUAGACCCGGCCCUCAUGCGUCCCGGUCGUUUGGACCGCAAGGUGGAGUUCGGUCUCCCGGAGUUGGAAGGGCGGGCGCACAUCUUCCGUAUACACGCGCGGUCUAUGAGCGUCGAGAGGGACAUACGGUUCGACCUGCUGGCUAGGCUCUGUCCCAACUCUACUGGCGCUGAGAUCAGAUCGGUGUGUACGGAGGCCGGUAUGUUCGCGAUCCGCGCUCGUCGGAAGGUCGCCACUGAGAAGGACUUCUUAGAGGCAGUCAACAAGGUCAUCAAGUCGUACGCCAAGUUCUCAGCCACGCCGCGCUACAUGACCUACAACUAA